AUGAAUAUUAUUGGGUCUGAAUACUUACCGGAUAAUUAUAAAUUCGAGCUGCAGAAAACGAUAAGACAGAUCGAGAGAAGAAAGAGCAAGAGAGUGGCCAUACAGUUCCCAGAGGGCAUAAUACACCUGUCUACAAUUAUCUCUGAUAUAAUUAGAUCUAAUACGAACGUUGAGUCGGUUUUUAUCCUCUCUGAUGUGGUGUAUGGGGCGUGCUGCAUUGACGAUGUCUCUGCGCAUCUGAUAGACUGCGACCUGCUGAUCCACUACGGGCACUCGUGCCUAUUUGAAGUGACGAAGUCGCUGAUACAGGUGAUGUACAUAUUUGUAGAGAUACAGUUUGACAUUGCGCACUGCAUGAAGCUGGUGAAUAAACACAUAAACACAGACGAUCUUUCCAUUUUGGGAACAAUACAGUACAACAGCACAAUAAGAAAGAUAAAGAAGGAGAUAGAAAGAGAGAAGAUACUGAAGAUAGCAGAUAGCAAGAGUGCAGGAGAAACAGAAGAGAGCAGCAGCGUGUGCACUAUACCCCGCGUGCAGCCCCUGAGUCCUGGAGAAGUGCUGGGGUGUACAUCGCCGAAGGUUUCAACAGGCGCUGUGCUAUUUAUAUCAGAAGGCCGUUUUCAUCUGGAGUCACUCAUGAUCCAGAACCCAGGAAAAGUUUUCUACAAGUACUGCCCGUCCUCGAAGGCAAUGACAGUUGAAACGCACAACUACGACAGAUUUCUGGAGAUACGAAGAGAGAUAAAGAAAAAGUCCCUAGACACCCCACGCUAUCUGAUCGUAUUUGGAACACUCGGGAGACAGGGAAGCACGGGCAUACUGGAAAAAAUAGUCGAAGACUUGAAAAAAAGAAAAAAAAGCUACUACGUUGUGUAUCUGUCAGAAAUAGACGAGGUAUUCGUAGAAGCGCUGAAAGACAUAACCGUCAUAGAAAUAGCAUGCCCAAGGAUAGCGAUUGACUGGGGAAGCACUUUCUCCAUUCCCAUCAUUACGCCCUUUGAGUACUUCAGCAGAGAGCUGAAAGAGUAUCCAAUGGACUACUACGCAAAAGAGACAGAGGAAAUGAAGCCGUGGCAGAGUCUGCAGUAG